ACGUCUCUCUAUACAUAUUCAUUAAUUGUAUGUGGAUUAGGCGUCAUUACAUUUAACACCAACAUAACAGUAUCUUACACUGUUACUCUGUUUUUUACUGAUGUGCCUGUUUAAUAUAUGGGGAAAUAUUCUCACGUUUAUUUUCAAGCGAGCAUUUUCCAAACUAGUUUUCGGUUCAACCGCCCAAUCAGCAGCUGCAAGGUAUUUUAUGAGAAUACGUGCAUCCAAGCAAAAGAAAAAAUCUAAAUCGAACUCUUCCAAAACCCCAGAUUCAAGAAGCAAAACAAAUAGCCAAAGAACUCACAGACAUCGUUAGCUUGCUUUCUCAUUAAUUUCAAUUGACAAAGGUUUAUCUGAAUUAUAUUUGCUUGGAAAUAUUUUCCUCAGCAACAACUAACCAAGAAAUUUGGACUUAUAUAAAUUAAUCUUCAUCGAGAAAUUACAUCUUCCUUGAAACUGUUCUUCUUAAACUGAACUUUGCUUUUUUCCCGAAUUAGUCUUCCUAUAGACGCUACACUCUUGAGAAGAAAUGCCCUCUUGCUGUAUUGAAUUUCCUAAGGAUUAACUUGGCUUGAAUUUAAAUCUUCAAAUUGAUAUCCAUACGAGAUUAUUCUACUGCGAAACUUGAUUUUUCGUUGAAAUUAGUAUUAUUGUAAAACGAAUUUACUUGUGCAACAGACUCUACGUUAAAAGUAAUCUAGUCGAGAGGUCGUACUGAGUGUGUCAGCGAAAAUGGCCAGGUCAGAAAAGAGCGAGAAGUGGCGUCGUCGGUUCCGUUACGCAAUUACUGUCAUUGGACCUUGUUUGAUUAUUUUCCUUGUUGCAUUUUGCUGCUUAUGCAGAUGUUAACCAGAGAAAAUGCCAUGUAUUCAUGUAGAACGUGCUAAAACACAAAUAGCAAAUCUUUUUUAUUCAGCAUGGAUAUCCAACACUUUGACAAAGAAAAACCCCAAACAUGAUAAAUUAACAUGGGACAUUCAUUUCUGGCUUGGUACUGAAUGUUCUAAGGAUGAACAAGGAGUUGCUGCUUACAAAACAGUGGAAUUGGACGACCAUUUGGGAGGAGCACCCGUGCAGUAUCGUGAGGUCCAGAACCACGAAUCCCAGUUGUUUCUGUCAUACUUUAAAAAAGGCAUAACGUACCUCAGUGGAGGAAUUGAAAGUGGUUUCCGUAAAGUAGAAAGAAAUGUCUAUGAAAAAAGACUACUUCAUGUGAAAGGCAAAAGAAACGUCCGCGUAACACAGGUAAAAUGUGACGUUAGUUCUUUGAACAAAGGGGAUGUAUUUAUCUUGGAUUGCGGAGAGAAAAUCUACAUUUGGACAGGACCAAAGAGCCGAGGAACAGAACGCUUAAAGGGUAUGGAUGUUGCCAAGCGUAUAAGAGAUGAAGAACGUUUCGGAAAGGCUACUAUACGAAUUGUAGAUAAAAAAUGGGAUUCCGAUUCAGAAUUUUUCAAAGACUUAGGUUCCCGUGGUGCUAUAAGUGCUGAAGAUUCUGCAGUCGAUGAUGACGAAUUUGAGAAGAACCAAAACAAACUUCAUAAAUUAUAUAGGGUUUGCGAUGCUGAUGGAAGAAUUGAAACAACCGAGGUCGGUGAGCGCCCACUUCAAAGUGAUAUGCUUGAUUCCAACGAUUGUUUUAUUUUAGAUACUGGUUCUAGUGGAAUAUUUGUCUGGAUCGGAAAAAAUUGUACGGCAAAUGAACGAAAAUCUGGCUGGAAAUUGGCUAUGGAAUUUAUCGACAAUAAAAACUACCCUGAAUGGACUCAGGUGACCCGAGUGGUUGAGCAAGGUGAGACUCCACUGUUUAAGCAAUACUUUGAAGGGUGGACAGAACCACAAAUGGUAAUUGGUAAAGCAAGAGCCUAUUCUAUUGGAAGCAUAGCCAGAGCCAACAGAGGUAAAUUUGAUGCGAAGAUCCUACAUAAACAUAAAUCAUUUAAUGAAAACGAUCAGCUUCCCGAUGAUGGAAGUGGUUUAUUAACGAUAUGGUAUGUAUACGACAAAAAACUGAAUGUAGUCCCAAGUGAGGAAUUUGGGACAUUUUAUAAUGGAGCCUGUUAUAUCAUCUUAUAUGUUUGCUGUGGAGCAGGCGGUGACGGUUCUCAGAUAUUAUAUUUCUGGCAGGGUUGUAAGAGUUCGGAAGAUAAUAUUGCAGCAUGUGCUAUGAUGGUACAAACGAUCGACUACAAAGAAGUCAAUGGAAAAGCGGUACAGGUACGAAUCACUCAAAAUCAAGAACCGGAACAUUUCCUUCGAAUAUUUCAUGGGAAAUUGAUCGUGCUAAAGGGUGAUGGCAGGAAGAUGAAUGAUCUUAAUAAUAAAACUAUGUUAUUUCACGUUCGAGGCUACUCGGAGUAUAAUACACGAGCUAUGCAGGUUGAACCCGUUGCUUCAUCUUUGAACUCAAACGAUGCUUUUGUUUUAAUUCACCAGGACUACUCAUAUCUCUGGCUUGGCAGGGAAGCCAAUAGUGAGGAACAAAAAAUGGCGAGAAAUGUAAUGAGAUAUCUUACAAAUAUCAGUGAACCGGCCGUAAUACUUGAAGGCAAAGAACCGGAUAAAUUUUGGGAAAUUUUAGGAGGCAAGCAGGAUUACGCCACAGAAACAGUUUCUCAGGUAAAUGGGAUAGAAAUGCCACCACGAUUGUUCCACUGUUCUAAUGCUUCAGGGUAUUAUAAAGUUGAAGAAAUUGCCAAUUUUAGCCAAGAGGACCUUUAUGAAGAUGAUGUUAUGCUUUUGGAUACAUUUAAAGAGAUUUAUGUCUGGAUUGGUAAAGGCGCAAACGAAGAAGAAAAAAGAGAAUCUUUAGAAACAGCCAUGGAUUACAUUAAAACUGAUCCGACCGGUAGAACUGUUGAUACUACACUGAUUGUUCAAGUAAAACAAGGAUCGGAGCCUUUCAAGUUCAGAGGUUGUUUCAUCGAAUGGGACCCCAAACGUUGGGCAAAAGCAAAAUCAUACGACGAGGCUAAGCAGGAAUUAGAAAGAGAGAACGCUGGCAUUGCUUUUGUCCGUGACGAACUCUCACAGUACACAAAGAAAUAUCCCAUAGAGCAACUGCGCCGCCAGUUUCUACCGAAAGAAAUCGAUCGAACCAACAAAGAAAAAUAUCUUUCAAACGAGGAUUUCCAGAAAAUAUUCAAAAUGACUCCAGAAGAAUUUUACUCAAAACCAACAUGGAAGCAAGUUGAACUGAAGAAACAAAAUGAUCUUUUUUAACAUAGAAAAGCUUU